CACCACGCCACCAGCUGCCUCAUCUCACCAGCAGCUCUGCACACGCGCAACACGCGCGGUCUCGCUCUCUGCUAUAGAUAUGAGAUGUAGAAGACGGCCGAGGUUCAGAAUGGGGCGGCUCCGGUCCCUGCUCUCCCCGCUGAGAAAGCUCUGGUGCCGCGCGAACGCGGCGAAGCGCAAGAAGAGAGGGAUCUACAUCCUGUAUGACGACGUGAAGUCGUGCCAAUGCGAGGACGUGCACGUGCUGUGGUCGAUCCUCGUGGAGUCCCACGGCCUGCCGCCGCCCACGCCGCCGGUGCUGAGGCUGAAGCGAUGAGGGACGGCGGACGCGCCGGCGCCGGCACCCCCUGAAUAAGCAAAGGUCGAUGGAUGUAGAUCUCGACAUAUCCACGUAGCCAUGGGAGGUGAAGACGCGAAGUAGUAGUGCUUAAUUCUGAACUCUGAUGUAAAUAGGAUCAAUGCUAGCGCGUUGCGUGCCGCCGGCGUGCUGCUCUAGAAUCAGCCUGGAUUAGCGCCACUUUUGGUGGCUGCUGAGGCAAGAGUGGCGGCGGCUUGAUGAGUGUGGUGAACUGGUGAUGGGCUCGUUUGAGCGCACCCCUCGAUCGUUUGACUUGUCGUUUCUGUAAGGUUGCAUUUGGAUGCAGAGCUUCAAUUCAUCUCUUGUUGGAAGGAGUAGCAGAAAGAGAAGUGAAUCCCCAACUGUUGAGGUCGUCAUCAAAGAUCUCUGAAA